AUGAAUAGUCUACCACCUCCUCCACCACCCACCAACCCUAAAGCACCCGAAGGGGCAGCGGAGCGUCUUUUCGAUGAAAUGUGUGAUUCCAUUAGUGUUGAUCUGAGACUGGAGCUUUCUGAGAAGUCAGUCCGAAUUCUCCCUCCAUCAAAUAGCACUAUGUUCUCGAUCUCAAAGCAAUUGUAG